AUGGAAUCGUUCAUUUACGUCUGACGACCUCGCCUAGACACGUCAAUCCUUUUAUCGACCUCAGGUGUUGUCUACAACUCUCACCCUCGUACGUUGACAAAUUCAAAGUUUAUUUGUGAUGGUAUCUUUUUAUAAAUAUCUAUUGAACUUCAAACUGUAUCCUGGUAUUACAUUAAUAUUUUCUAGACAUUUCCAGACUUCAAGUAUCAACAAAUUUUCUUGCAUCAAUAACAUGCCUAUUACAAAAAUUGUAGCUCGUUCAAUUUUCGACUCCAGGGGUAAUCCUACUGUAGAAGUUGAUUUAACCAUUGAUAAUGGACCAGUAUUCCGUGCAGCUGUUCCAUCUGGUGCCAGUACUGGUAUCUAUGAAGCAUUGGAACUUCGUGACAACGACAAGAGCAAUUACCUAGGAAAAGGAGUGUCUACUGCUGUCAAUAAUAUCAACAACAUUAUUGCUCCAGCUCUUAUUAAAUCGGGAAUCAUAGUCACCGAACAAAAAGCUAUUGAUGAUGCUAUGUUACAAUUAGAUGGAACACCAAACAAAUCUAAACUUGGUGCCAAUGCUAUUUUGGGUGUUUCAUUAGCUGUAGCUAAAGCUGGUGCUUUUAAAAAAGGUGUUCCUCUUUACAAGCACAUCGCUGACUUGGCUGGAAACAAAGAAAUUAUUUUGCCUGUUCCUGCUUUCAAUGUUAUCAAUGGUGGUUCUCAUGCUGGUAACAAGUUGGCCAUGCAAGAGUUCAUGAUUUUGCCUACUGGUGCAAGUACUUUUACCGAGGCUAUGAAAAUUGGUGCUGAGGUAUACCAUAACCUUAAAAAUGUCAUUAAGGCCAAAUUUGGUUUGGAUGCUACAGCAGUUGGCGAUGAAGGUGGUUUUGCUCCUAAUAUUCUUGAAAACAAAGAAGGUUUACGUUUAAUUGAAACUGCUAUUGAAAAGGCUGGAUAUAAAGGAAAAGUUCAAAUUGGAAUGGAUGUUGCUGCUUCUGAAUUUUAUGUUGAUGGAAAGUAUGACUUGGAUUUCAAAAAUAAAUCUGAAAGCAAAGAUAAAAGUCAAAUUAUUUCAACUGAAGCAUUGACAGAUUUGUAUAAAGAAUUCAUUAAAGAAUACCCUAUUGUUUCCAUUGAGGAUCCAUUUGAUCAAGAUCAUUGGGAAGCAUGGUCUGCACUUACUGGCUCUACUGACAUCCAGAUUGUUGGUGAUGAUUUAACUGUAACAAAUCCAAAACGUAUCGCUGAAGCAGUAGAGAAGAAAGCUUGUAACUGUUUGUUGCUUAAAGUCAACCAAAUCGGUACAGUAACCGAAUCCAUUGAAGCACAUUUGUUGGCCAAAAAGAAUGGAUGGGGUACAAUGGUAUCUCAUCGUUCAGGAGAAACUGAAGAUACAUUCAUUGCUGAUUUAGUUGUUGGGUUGAGUACAGGACAAAUCAAGACUGGAGCUCCUUGUCGUUCUGAACGUCUUGCUAAGUAUAAUCAAAUACUUCGCAUUGAAGAAGAAUUAGGCAGCAGUGCUAAGUAUGCAGGCAAAAACUUCCGCAACCCCCAAGGAUGUUAAUUGCAUAUUAUUUUUGCUAAUAUUCCUAUGAUGAAUAAAUUAAGAAUUUCUAAGAAA